AUUUUAUUGAAUUACGACGUCAUCUUUAAGAGCGACUUAGUAGAUGACCAUCCGGCAUAGGGAACAUACCAUCAUCUGUACAUGAAAAGUAAUGCGUAUUUGCUGGUUAGUGAGCAAAGAUGGACGCCACCAGCCUAUUAAACUUCCUCAUCUGGAGACUAUUCAUAUUGGUCGAGGCCCAGAGACCAAGAUAACUGACAAAAAGUGCUCACGGCAACAAGCUCAACUGAAAGCAGAUUGCAACAAAGGGCAUGUUAUGAUAAAACAGCUUGGCAGCAAUCCAACUAGUAUUGAUUCUGUGGAACUUGGUAAAGAUGCUGAAGCAAAGUUGAAGACUGGUGUGAUUUUACACAUUGUAAAUGGACUGUAUCCCUACACGGUUGAGUUUUCUGAGGCACCGGAAAAUAUAAGUGAACGUUCCAGAUGUAAUGAAGAAAGGAGUAAAUCUGACAAGAGACAGUUUGAAAAGUGUGUAAACAGUAAUGUGGAUACAAUGGCACCAAAGAAACAUAAAUCUACAGAUCUUAGUAAAGUCAGCAGCCCUUCAUCAUCAAAGACACCCAAAGAGGAGCCCACAAAAAAAGAAUCCUUGGGACACUGGAGCCAAGGACUUAAAGUUUCUAUGCAGGACCCCAAACUGCAGAUGUACAAAGAUGAUAAGGUGGUUGUUAUAAAAGACAAAUACCCUAAAGCCCGUUACCACUGGCUGGUAUUACCAUGGAUUUCUAUUGCUAGUCUGAAGGUAGUAAGAGAAGAACAUUUAGAGCUUUUACAACAUAUGCACACGAUUGGUGAGAAGAUGGUACGAGGAUGUCCCGAUGCCAAAAAGCUACAGUUUCGAUUGGGCUACCAUGCCAUCCCAAGCAUGAGCCAUAUCCAUCUUCAUGUAAUCAGCCAAGACUUUGAUUCUCCCUGCCUCAAAAACAAAAAGCAUUGGAACUCCUUCAAUACUGAAUAUUUCCUGAAUUCUGAAGAUGUUAUCAAGAUGGUAGAAAAGGAUGGAAAGGUUACAGUGCAGGAUGGAGCUACAGAAUUACUGAAACUGCCACUGAAAUGUCAUGUCUGUAAACAAUUGCAGUCAACGCUGCCACAGUUAAAAGAACAUUUGAAAAAACACAUGGAAUAAAAUGAGGAGUGGUUAUACAUUCUCAUCCUAGGGACCACAACAGUGCAUGACCCAAGGCAUUUGAGUCGUAUGAAUAGAAAUGUUAUAGCUUUUUUCCUUUUUAAAUCUGUGAGAUAUAUUCCAAAGGUGGAAAACUUGGGUCAUAUCUACUAUGGAUGCAGUUUCAGAAAUAUGCACGUUAAAUAGUGGACUUUGUGCUAGAGAGAUCAUCCCACAGAAAACUUCAUGUUAGAAAUGUUUGCCAUGUACAGCUGUUACCAGUACUACAUUUGUUGCCAAGAACUAUGGAGUAAUGUAUUUUGUUCCAAAUAAUUUUAAUGUUAGCAAGUUUUUCUACAUAGUGGUAUCAAGUAAAGUAUACAAUGCCAUUAAGUCCAUUGUGUUUUGGAGACAAAGGUUUUUUGUCUUAUUCCCCCUCUAGUAACCGUUUCUGCACUUUCUCAGUCAGACAACAAUUUCUGUCAUACACCGAGGUUCAUAGCGACCUACAAAACCAAGGAGAAUGUUAACUUUGCCCCAGCUUCACCCCUGCCUUUGCACCAGGGAUUUUUCCUUCCUAGAAAUGAAACUGCAACCAUCAGAAAGGAUUUUCAUGUACGUGUACUUAAGUCUGUCCUGGAGCAAAGUCAGAGCUUUCCUGCAGUAGGUGAACAGCUUAGCAAAGACAAAGGCUGUUCAGGAGUAUUUAUUUUGUUUGGGUGUUUCUAAGAGAGAGCAUGAUAAGUGGUCAUACAUGUCCACCAUACACCCUAAACCUUCAAGCAAACUGGAACUUUUUGUUUUGUAAUGCUCACCUGCUUGGUACUUAAUACUUCUGCUCCCUGGACAGUUAUCCUUGUAUCUCCCAAUAAAGUUGUUCCUUCAGACUAGUCUUGGUUUACACUCAGAAUUACCUCCAGGAAUUAUUUGCAAUGGCCUUAGCACAUUUAACCCGGUGGGAAUAGUAUACAGAACAUAACUUUGACACUAAUUAAAACCCAGACUACAUUUGUGAUUUAAAGUAUUUCAUUUUAAGUUACAGAUGAGAAGAGCACAACGUUGUUUGGACUUGUUAGAACAUAGCAAAGUGCACACACACGAACUACCAUUGCACUAACUCAAAACAUUCUGAUAGUGAUUGCUAAACUGGCUGACAUAUUCACUGAAUAGCAUAGUAUUUUAAAGAUAAGUAAAAUAUAUUCACUGAAUAGCAUAGUCUUUUAAAAAUAUCAAAUUGAUGACAAAUUUGUUAAUGCCAAAUAUGUUGUUGCUGUUUUGUAGUAAGAAAAUGUGUUGCCAGUGUGCAGAACAAUUUUGGGUUUGCUUUGAGAACUUUUAGUUGUUGCACUCAUAAGCAUCAUUGAAUGAAUAUAUGAAAUGAAAACCUGAGGUUAAAAUGUUAAAAACUGCUUGAUAUACACUGCUGUGUAAAAUUA